AUGGGAAAUGAUGCACGGUUGCUUAAGGAAUUCAAGCAAGAGAUGAUGAAGGUUUUUGAGAUGACAGAUCUCGGAUUGAUGUCUUUUUCCCUUGGAAUGGAAAUUAAGCAGGCUGAGCAUGAAGUAUUUAUCUACCAGAAGAAAUAUUCCAAGGAAAUCUUGAAGAAAUUCAAGCUUGAAGAGUGCAAGGAAGUAAGCACUCCUAUGAGUCAAAAGGAGAAGCUGUGUAAAGAAGAUGGAGCUGAUAAAGUUGAUAAGGGAUAUUUUAGAAGUUUGAUUGGUUGCUUAAUGUAUCUUACAGCAACACGUCCUGAUAUUUUAAAUGCUGUAAGUAUUUUGUCACGAUUUAUGCAUUGUGCCAGUGAAUUGCAGCUCAGGGCUGCCAAAAGAGUAGUUCAUUAUAUCAAAGGCACGAGUAAUUUUGGUGUUAAAUUCACAAGAAACAAGGAGUUCAAGCUUGUUGGCUUUUCUGAUAGUGAUUAG